AACAACAAAAAUCAAAACCAUAUGGUGUAGAAUAAUUUCAUCCAUAAAAGGUUAAAAACUCAAGCAACCAACAUACAAAGAAAAGAAACAAUGAAUUCCACUAACACUGAAGAUGAUAAUAAUGCAUGCCUUUUAGCUUUACAACUUUCAUUUGAACCAUUGGUUUUUAAUUCAGUAUUGAAAGCUGCAAUUGAACUAAACUUAUUUGAGAUCAUAUCUAAAGCAAGUCCACGUGGUGUUUCAGCAUCCUAUGUUGCUUCAAAACUACCAACAACACAACAUCCUCAAUUGCCUCGAAGGCUUGAUCGAAUGCUUUGUCUUCUUGCAAGUCACUCUCUUCUUGUUUGUUCCACACACACAGAUGAAGAAGGUGGGAGUGAAAGACUUUAUGAACUAUCAUUGGCUGGUAAAUAUUUUGUCAGUGAUAACAGUAAGGGAUCUGUCUCUUUACAUGCAACAUUUCUGAAUCAUAGAUCCAUUGUUGAUGCUUUUUUCAAUUUUAAAGAAGUGCUUCUAGACUGUGAUUCUGCCUUAUUCGAAAAAGUUCAUGGAACGCCAAUUUAUCAAGCUAUACAAUCAGAUCCAGCAAUGAACAAUGUUUUCAACAAAACAAUGACAACUAUGUGCACAUUGGAGAUGAACAAAAUACUUGAAAUAUAUAAUGGAUUUGAAGACAUAUCAUUGUUGGUUGAUGUGGGUGGUGGUUUUGGCCAAAAUUUGAAUAUGAUAAUCUCCAAAUAUCCUUACAUAAAGGGUAUUAAUUUUGAUCUGCCACCAGUGAUAGAAAACGCUCCAGAUUAUCCAGGGAUAGAGCAUGUUGGAGGCAACGUGUUUGAAAGUGUGCCAAAUGGUGACGCCAUAAUAUUGAAGGCAGUAUUACACAAUUGGUCAGACAAAGAUUGUUUAAAAGCUUUACACAAUUGCUACAAAGCUUUACCACAAAAUGGGAAGGUAAUUGUUGUGGAGCUUAUAAUGCCUGAAGAAAUUCAAACAACAGAAAAAGAUAAAUUGGUUACUGGUUAUGACAAUCUUAUGUUUAUGGGUGGUGGGAGUGAAAGAACAAAGAAAGAAUUUGAGAGUUUGUGCAAAAGCUCUGGAUUUUCUAGUUUUGAAAUUGUUUGCUUGGCUUUUUCUUCUUUGGGAGUGAUGGAAUUUCUUAAAUGAAAAAUAAUAUAUGUUUAGUACAAUAAUCCAUAUAUUUUAUUAUUAGUACAAUAAUUUAUGUAUGAGCAUAAUAAAAAAAAGUCAAUCCAUUCUACCCAGAAAAAUUGAUACAUAUCAUACAUGAGAAUGUUAGCUCAAUUGAUAUAGAUAUUGUAAUUUAUACAGAGGUUGAGGUUCGAAUUUCUGACACUCCAUUUCUUCAAAUUUAAAAUGUGUGAGUUCUAU